AUGUCAGGCAGAUUGGCAGGGACUUCUAGUUCCAAAGUGCUAGAUGCAGAUGCUCCGUAUUUAGUAGAAUCAUAUCAGAACAGUGAAUCAAGUGGCUCUCUGAAACAAAAUCUUCCGAUAUACACAUACUCAAGCGAUCCUCAAACGCCUGGUCAGCCCCGAUCAUGGGAAGAUGCUGCGCGAGCAAAGUCUAAACCCAUCUCUGGGCCCAAGCCUGGUAUGCCCGGCCAUGUAUAUAUCGACAUGGACAAUAACGAUGUAAUUGCAGGAGUUCAAGGAGGAUUCACGAACUCUCCCACUCCGUUAAACACGUCAAUCACAGGUUAUGCGACAAGUUUAGGCUGGGAAUUGAGUAAGCAAUGCGCACUAGCAUAUAUAUUUCCCCCGUUUACUAGCGUGUUCCUCCUCAUUUUUGAGACCCAAAACUUAUGUCAUGGUACUGUGCAUAUCUUGCACAUCAGUCGGCAACGUCAUUAG